UUUUCUCCAAAGUUCGACACCCCGCCUCAGAUUCCAAGGGAAUGUUUUGUUGAUUUGUCACUUUUGCCUUACAUACUAAGCUACUAUUCUUACUCUUACUAUUACUACUAGUACUAUAUCCUGCUACCUUUGAAAAUAUAUUGAGUAUUAUAUUCAAUAUUUCUACAAAUUAAUACAUUGCUACCGAAACAGCAUGCACGAGGUCGGAAACUCAAACAUAACAUUUAUGUAACAUGAAAUGGAAAAUGUCCCUAAUAUACAACCCCCACAUGCAAUAGCACUGCGCUACGUUAUGACGUAAUCAAAAAGGGACGUAUAAGAACGCCCUCGAACAGUACGAUGCUUGAGUAUUAACUCAAAUUUUUUGUAGCAUGCUAACUGCUAGCCAUGUUAACGUAACAAGAGUUGCUAGCGGCAUGUUUAGCCCGUACUUCCGGACUACAAAUGAGAGCGUACCAACACAAAAAGAAGAAGAAGAAGACGAACCGGAAAAGACGAGGACCCGGCACGACCUUUAGAAGGUUUAGUUACCAAUAAUGUUAUUAUCGUUAUAUCUGACUGAAGUAUCACGCACAAAAAUUAUAGAAAGUGAUCAUGUACAACCGGGCACGUUAUCUCAUAUUUUUCCAAUACAUUGGAACUAAAUACAGUGGUGCAGCCAAAGUACCUCCGCAUCAGACUUGGGUAAAAGGGGUCCAAGAUCACAUAGAGGAUGCACUGCAGAGGCUGAGACCAGUCAUCCCAGUGUCCCUGUACAUCUCCAGUAGGACAGAUUCGGGCGUCCAUGCCCUUUCUAACUCUGCCCACUUUGAUUUUCAACGCAAAAACGACAAGCCGCCGUUUACUGAAGACAUCCUGGUUGAGGCUCUCAAUUUCCACCUGCGCAUGGAACAAAUUAGUGUCACCCGUGCCUAUCGAGUGCCAGAUGAUUUUCACGCCCGUUACUGUGCACUGUCCCGGACUUAUGUCUACCGCAUCGCCCUGGGUUCUCAUCUUCCCCUCGUGGAACGCGACAUGUGCUGGAAUCUCCGCCACACAGAGCUUGACGUCGGCGCCAUGAGCGAGGCGGCCGCCACGUUUGUCGGGACUCACGACUUCAGCAGCUUCCGGGCGAUCAACUCUGACGUAGCUUUUAAAAGCCCUGUAAAAACGCUGGAUGUGGUCGGGAUCGAACCCAGGAAGGCAUUCAUAUGCGAGCACUUCCACAGAGACGUUCCAUUGUGGGAGCUGACCUUCCAAAGCAAAUCUUUCCUAUAUAAGCAGGUGCGCAGAAUGACAGGGGCCCUGGUGGCCGUGGGACAGGGGAGGCUCACGCUUCCCAAACUGAAAGAGAUUAUGGAGGCUCGCGACUCGUUGGCUUACCCUUCGACCAUGACCGCUCCGGCCCGGGGCCUCUUCCUCACCAGGGUGAACUACAACGAGUCGGAUCUCCUCCUGUCACCACGAACAUCAGCAUCCACACCUUCCAUUGGAGUCGACGAGUAACACAACUCAUGUUUACAUUUGAAACCUUUGUUGGUUCAUACCGAAUUCCUUCCGACUCACACAAGUAAAAAGGACGAUGGCAAGAGAUGAACAUUUACAUGUUUUUAAUUCAUACAUGACUUGUCCAUGAAUGCAGCCUCGCUACAAGUCGGCCAUUGACAAAACCCGCUCGGAGCCUACCUUGUUUCAAACAGGACACGUUAAGCCUAACCUCGGAUUUUGCGUCUCUCCCUAAUAUCAAAACAAGGUUUACAACAUGUGGAGUGUUAACACUAGCUAGCACAAACUGCUGUCCGACAGUGAGCGGUAUACCGUGUAGAAAGUGCACAGGCGCACAUGCUCGCUCUACGUGUACAUCCAAAUAAAAACAGCAGACCUAAAAAGGUUUUCCAUAGAUAAUCCAUAUCGCCUUCCAAUUUGGCUGCAUCUACUUCCUGUGCGCUGUCCGUAAACAGUCCAUAGAAUAAAAGUGUACCACCACUGGCAGUUGUGUCAGUGCCGAUGGGGGUCGGAUGAGGUUUUUUUUUGACGUUCCAGGAGAACAAAUUAAAACCCACAUAAUACACACAGUCAAUGUUUUGUUUUGAAUUGCUGUCCAUCAAAGUUGAAUCUCAUGAGGAAUGUUUUUUUUUUUUUUUUUGCACUUCUCAGAAGCGACCCUAUCAAUAAAUCAGUCACGCUAUUUAUUUGACCCUACGAUUGUGUACACAAGUACACGUCUAUUGUAGUAACACAGCGAUGAUUGGCGUAGGUCCUCAAGUCAAUUCAGCAUUUGGUUUAAGAGGAUUCAAUACGGAAAAAUAUCAAGUCUUACUCAGCACGUUAAGCCCAAUAUUUUUGGAUUAUCGAUAACAAAAUCAUAUGUGUAUAUAUAAUGCACUUGAGGAAGGCUUUGUGUAUUUAUCUCACUCACAACCAUUAAGUGUGCAGUCUGCAUGAAUGAGAACAAACCACAGCUCAAGUCCGACCCUGAUUGAGGAGACUCAAACAAGAGAAAAACAAAUCAGGUCCAAAUUCGGAAGGAAUCAAAGCAUUAUGUGGCAAAUGUUUAAAAAAAAAAAGAUGAAGUCUAAAAGCUACCGCCGCGCAUCCCAAAUUGUUUUAAAACACUAUAAAUAAAUGAAGGAGGCAGACGUGCCGUUGAUGCGGAGUUAUGUGGUAUCUCUAUCGGCAGCCAUUUUUGCCAUUUGGCUAAGCACCCUGAAAGCUAAAAGUUGAGGUUAAUUUGAAAAUUCAUUUCUGUCAUGUGAGUACAGGUAUACACCGAGUUUGCAUAGACCCUUCAAGCAUCACCGUCGUCAUCCAAAAUGUUGCAACAGCAUACCCAACUUCACCCUUUCUUACUGGCUGUGGAAGCGGCCAUACAUUCACUUGGCUCGUUCAAUCAAAUCAACAGCCUUGUUUUUUUGUUUUCUGUUCUGGUCGGGAAUCUCGACUGUUUGACGUGUACAAGAUGAGUCGCAUUUUAAACAUCACAACUCAAAGCUUUAUUUCAAGAAGUAAAAGAGUGAAAUGGGGUAUGUUUCAUUUACAAAAUCAUGUGUUUCACUCAAGUCCCUGUCUCCUGUGUGUGUAAACAUGUGCAAUAUUUGUAGUUGUCCUUGUUUGUUUGUUUUUUUCUUUGACAGCUUUAAAAAAAAAAAAAAGCAACACUAAAAACCUAAAACGUAGCAUAGAGAAGCGUUACAGUCCUUGGAGAGCACAGAAGUAGUCCCGUCUUCAGCCACUUGUUUUAUUUAGCUGGCGAUUUUCUCGAUUUCAUCCAGGUCGUGUGUGUCUAGCUUCUCAAUUUUCUUAUCUGCAAUAACAGACAAGCACAAUUGGACAUAUGUUAGGUUUCCUAAAAAUGAAUUAUAUUUUAUUGCUGAAUAAUAAUAACAUAAUGGUGUCCUAUACCUGUAUAACCUAACCCAGAGGUGGGCAAACUUUUUGACCCAUGGGCCGCACUGAGUUAACGAAAUUGUGUGGGGGGCCAGAACAUAUAUUUAACACACACAAUUUUACACUUGGCGGCACGGCGGUCGAGUGGUUAGCGCGCAGACAUCACAGCUAGGAGACCGGGGUUCAAUUCCACCCUCGGGCAUCUCUGUGUGGAGUUUGCAUGUUCUCCCCGUGCAUGCGUGGGCUUUCUCCGGGUACUCCGGUUUCCUCCCACAUUCCAAAAACAUGCUAGGUUAAUUGGUGACUCCAAAUUGUCCAUAGGUAUGAAUGUGAGUGUGAAUGGUUGUUUGUCUAUAUGUGCCCUGUGAUUGGCUGGCGACCAGUUCAGGGUGUACCCCGCCUCUCGCCCGAAGACAGCUGGGAUAGGCUCCAGCACCCCCACGACCCUCGUGAGGAUAAGCGGUAGAAAAUGAAUGAAUGAAUGAAUUUUACACUUAUAAUUCUAACAGUCCGCCUUGAAUUAUUUGUCUAAUUUUAAGUAAAUACUAUCAGCUAUAUGUUCUCAUUUCCCUUUUUUGAGGAGCACUUUAAACAUCAAACCACAUCAAACUACGAAAUUGAAUUUUACAGUUUUGUUGUUUGUUUGUUUGUUUUUUAAUAAGACAUCCGACUUGAAAGUCAUUUUGCCAGCUGGUAUGUUAAAAGUUGAAAUACUUAAAGCAACUGGCGGGCCGGAUUCAAACGCUUGGUGGGCCGCAUGUGGCCCCCGGGCCGUAGUUUGCCCACCCCUGACCUAACCCCCACUUUAACUUGGAUGUGAAUGUUUGUAUUCUGUUACUUGAAGAUGUGUUAGAACUUGGAGUAAUUCCAUGAUGUAUGUAACAAGGGUACAGUAUGCCCUGUUCUUUGGCCACAGGACCUCUCCUUUCUCUCCAAGCAGUAAAAAAGUAACGAAGGUAACACUUACUAAAAUGCUCUUGGAUCCGGUUGAGGAUGUUCAUACUCAUCCUGCUGUCCACCAUGUUGAUGGCCAGCCCUCUUUUGCCGAAUCGGCCCGUGCGGCCAAUCCUGUGCAGAUACGUCUCGUUGUCUGGGUUGCCAUCUCGGUCCACUGGCAAGUCGAAAUUGAUCACCACCGAUACUUGCUCGACAUCGAUUCCUAAAGCACAACAUGGAAAGUGAAGAAUUUAACAGUAUAACAGUGAAAACGCAUCCAUUCAAAAUUUGCAUCUACUUUUUCCAUCAAUUUUUUAAAGUGUUUUUUUUUUUUUAUUCCUCACCUCGAGCGCAGACAUUUGUAGUAACAAGGACCUUCUCCUUUCCAUCUCGGAAUCGUUCAAUGACUGCAGCCCUCUGCUCCACCUGCAUCUCCCCGCUAAGCAGCGCCACCUGGUGGUUCUCUCUGGAAAGUUCCCCUGCCAGCCAGCCAGCAGUCUUCCUUGUCUG